CCCUUCAUUUCCUGGUCCAGAGUGGCCUGUCUUACAGUGUGAUGGUGUUUGCUGGGCUGGAGAACAUGCACAAAUACUGCUUCAUUGUAACACUGGGCUAUUUGAUAUUGUGUCAAAUCACACGGGUCUACGUUUUUGACUACGGCAUGUACUCUGCAGAUUUCACAGGGCCCAUGAUGGUUAUCACACAGAAGAUCACCAGCAUGGCAUUUGAAAUCCAUGAUGGUUUGACCAAGCGAGAAGGGCAGCUGACUCCUGGUCAGAAAUACUUUGCUAUCAGUCGUAUGCCCAGCUUGUUGGAAUAUUUGAGCUACAACUGUAACUUCAUGGGGAUCCUGGCAGGGCCAACCUGCUCCUACAAUGACUACAAGGCCUUCAUUGAAGGAACGUGCUACCAGCCGCGGCACCAGGAGAACGCCAACGGCAAGGAGAAUGGAAAGUACAAGCAAACUGAACCCUCGCCCAAGAAUGAUGUCGUCUCCAAGCUGUGUACCUGUGCUAUCUCGCUGGCCGUCUAUCUGUCCCUCUACAAGCUACUCCCAGUGGAGCGCUCGAUAGACGACGACUUUGUAAGCUCCACACCCUUCCAUCUCCAGGUUGUCUACCUUUACUUGGCAAUGCUGGCGCUGAGGCCAAAGUACUACUUUGUCUGGACGCUCGCUGAUGCUAUCAACAAUGCUGCCGGAUUCGGCUUCAACGGAUACAACAAAGAUGGCUCCCCACGGUGGGAUCUGAUCUCAAAUCUCAGAAUUCUGGACAUUGAGUUCGCCACCAGUUUCAAGUUGUUCCUAGACAAUUGGAACAUUCAAACAGCUCUUUGGCUUAAGAGGGUGUGCUACGAGCGCUGUCCCAUUAACCCCACUGCUGCCACCUUCCUGCUGUCAGCCAUGUGGCACGGGGUGUAUCCUGGCUACUAUCUGACCUUCCUUACUGGCAUCGGCAUGACGAUGGCUGCACGUGCAGUAAGGCACAACAUCAGGCCGUACUUCCUGGUGUCUGACUCGUACAAGGGCAUCUAUGAUGUGAUCACGUGGGCAUGGACUCAGGUGGCCAUUAGUUAUACAGUGGCGCCAUUUGUGCUACUUGCAGUAGGACCCUCACUCAAGUUCUACAGGACUUGGUACUUUGUGUUACAUCUUCUAUGUCUGCUGGUGGUCCUCGUCCUACCUGUCAAGUCGAAACGCCGACAGGCCAAAGAGCAGCAGGACGACCUCCAGAAGGACAACCAGACAGAUCACAACAGCACAGACAACAACUGCAACCAGAAAGAAAAGACCACAUGAGGGUCGGGACGGUGACGCGCCACCCCUUCAGCAGCAGAAACACUGAGGCGAACUAUAAACUACUGAGACCUGGAGUGUGUUGAGUCUGUUUACCUGACAAAGAACCAAAUAUCUCCUAUCAGACAGAAAACACAAGUCUACAUCCUGGCAAAAACUUCCAGUAGCAAGGCUGACAGCAAUCACACUUCUGACAUGGAUACGAGACCAAGGUGAAGAAAUGGCCAAGGUGUAAACUAAUGAGCGGUAGUGGUUACUUUACAAUACAUUAGUGAAAACGAACACCUCCAAGCUGCCUUAAACCCUCUAUGUACUUUGAAGGUGAAAUAACAGUUUGAGUGGCACGCUGCAGGAACCUAAAUGCAGUUACACCAGUGUGGUUUCAUGUAAGGUAAACAGAUUUAAAGCGCAGUAUGUGGAGGGUUUUUGUCAUUGUCUGGGUACAAGCCUCUGUUAGGUGGCAACAGAAAACCAUGUACAUGUAAAAGAAACAUAACCUUUAUCAUCAGCUGCCAAUUUCAAACAGGCCUUAGGAUCCUCAACAUAUUGUUUGAUUUCUAUGUCUUUUUUUUUUUUAAAUCUCUAUUCCAGAAGAAUUCACAUCGUGUGUGUUUUGUACUUAGAUGUUUGUGACGACACUAACUGAAAUCCAUUCUGAAUGCUCUUUUGUUUUUUGUGGGAUGACUUGACUAUGCCUGAAAGAGAGAAUCUCAAAGUGGAAUUCAGAUCUCAUUCCUCUCCAUUCUAAAAGAUUUAAUAACUGGAUAUCUUUUUAUAUUUUUCAUAUCUGCUGCUUUUUUUUGUUGGGCAAAGAAGACUCAUCUGAUAAAUGUGUGUUUCAAAGGGAGUUUGUUUACCCUCUGGUAACUUAGAAUACCUUUUAAGGCUUGUUGACUUGGGGUUCAGAAUUUUUUUUUUUUUUUAAUUUCUGCUGAUAUUUGUCUCAUGACAGGUUUCCUCUGUGUUCAGUUGUUAAUACAAGUUUCCAAAAAUGAUUUUAAUUAACAGAAUUCCUACAGAAUUUACAUUCUUCUUGAGUUAUUUGUGCAGUAAUUGUCUUAAGUCCUACAAACACAACAGAAAUCUAAUCAGAUCACCGCACUGACUUAGAAAUAAAGUGUCAAAUGGUCCAUGCACAGUGCAUAAAAGCACAUAAAGAAACCAGUUACAGUUAUAUAUGUAUGUGACUUUAUAGUAUUGUAUAAAUUCCAAACACAUAAGCCAGCUGUUGUGAUAAAUGGUCUUAUUUCAUAUUGUGUGCACUUAAUGUUAGCCUAGGGGAUGUUUCAGCAUUUGCUGUAUGGUGUUCCUGUUUCCUCAUGUUGUUUUGGUCCGUGGCUCGCCUUAUUAGCCUUCUAGAGUCCCCCAGUUGGACCUUAUAACAGCGACUGCUGUGAUAUUUUUCUGAAAUCAUUAGAUCGGAUUAAUGAAUGAUGUAGUUAAUGAAAACAUGGUGCAGAGAGGACCUUUUACAAGGCACCUCGCUGCUCUUUGAAUAAUAGUGACACAUAAAUGUACCUGUAAGAGCAAGAUAUAAUCUUGGGAUUUCAAAGCCCACAACAUCACUUUGAAAUUAUGCUUCCUUUUUUUUUCUUUUUCCAAAAAUCAUUCUCAAUAAUUUGAGUUAAACUGAUGCAUUUGUUUCCUGUAAAGUAGUAACAAAGCAGCAGAGAUGAGUUGGGGAUUUUUCUUUCUUUCUUUCUUUCUUUGUUUUUUUCUUUCUUUCUUUCUUUUUUUUUUUUUUAAGACUAAGAUAACACUCGCAUUUUCCUGCCAUAACUUUGUGUGUGUAUACCAGUAUUCAUGUGACCCGUUGAUGUUGAUGUGAACUCGACUUAACUAUAUUUGUAGCCUGGGCCCUGUGUAGGCGAGAGCGGCCCACCCAAGGGGAAAGGGAUGUCAUUGUUCAAAAACAUAGCGAUUAUUGCACUGCAUGGCCACCCAAACCAGCAGAUCAAUGCAAACUGCUCCAUAUGUCCAAAGUGCCAAAUCAUAAAUGGCGCAUUUUGUUUUUGUUUUUUUCUUUUGUGUAUAAGUGGGCCUGCGUGUGUGCGUGUGCGUGCCUGUGGAACAUAUUGGUUAUUUUUGUGUCAGAAGGAAAUUUAUUGAAAGAUUUGUAUAACAGUACAUUACAAUUCUGAUUUAUGUGGGGGAAUAAAGAGAACUUAUUUUUAAACACUAA